CAGCUCAUCCGUAAAAUUUCCUUGCUACCAAAUAUUCCACGGUCAACUGUUAGUGUUAUUAUAAUAAAGUGGAAGCAACUGGGAACAACAGCAACUCAGCCACAAAGUGGUAGGCCACGUAAAAUGACAGAGCGGGGUUCAGUGCAUGCUGAAGUGCAGAGUGCAGAGAAGUCGACAACUGUCUGCAGAGUCAAUAGCUAAAGACCUCCAAAAUUCAUGUGGGCUUCAAUUUAGCAAAACAGUGCAUAGAGAGCUUCAUGGAAUGGGUUUCCAUGGCUGAGCAGCUGCAUCCAAGUC